CCCACUUUUCCACUUUUUUCAACUCUCUCUCAGUCUAUUUACGUUUACCUCAAUCCCACCAUACUCAGCUCCAGCUCUACCAAUUUCUAUCGAGCAAACGAUCCAGCCUGUUUCACCUCUGUUCAUCAUAUCGUACCCCACAUGGUCCAAGAAAUGUCACACGUCCGGUUCGAUUCUAUCGAAGACGCUAUCAAAGACUUUGCCGAGGGCAAGUUUGUGAUCGCUGUCGACAAUGAGGACCGUGAGAACGAGGGCGAUCUAAUUAUUGCGGCCGAGAAGAUAACGACCGAGCAAAUGGCAUUUUUGAUCCGCCAUUCAAGUGGCUACGUCUGUGUGCCAACCGUCGCCUCAAGGCUAAAGGAACUCGAGCUGCCUCUGAUGGUUCCCAACAACCAAGAGCUCAUGAAGACCGCCUAUACGGUCUCGGUUGACUAUGCCCACGGUACAACUACCGGCAUAUCUGCCCACGACCGGGCCCUUACCGCCCGCUCUCUGGCAGAUCCAACAAAGACCGCCAAGGACUUUAAUCGGCCCGGGCAUAUCCUCCCUCUACGCUAUGCAGAGGGUGGCACGCUACGUCGGUUCGGUCAUACGGAGGCCUCGGUCGAUCUGUGCAAUCUAGCCAAGCUGCAGCCCGUGGCGGUGAUCUGCGAGUUGGUGAACGACCGUGAUGGCUCUAUGGCCCGCAGAGAUGAUUGCUACAAGUUUGCGAAGAUGCAUGGCAUCAAGUUGAUCACGAUCGCGGAUAUUAUCAAGUAUCGACGGGAUCAUGGACUUAUUGACAACAAAUUUUAGAGACCUGCCAGGCCACAAACUUGGUUGUACUAUGGAUCGUUUACUGCACACCUCAUUGUAAUAUUAUGUGAAUAAAUCUGAAUUUCGCUCGACGCCAGACCAGCACUUGGUC